AUGCCUCGCCCCGGAGACGGCUCAAGCCACAACGGCCCCUUUGAAGAGGCAGGCCACAAUAUCGCACACGGCGUAGGAUCCGUCGACACAUCCAAAGUUCCGCGGGCUGAUAAAACGGCCGAUAUGCCAGAAGGUCUGAAGGAAGAAGGCGCAGGACUAAAGGGCAUGAAUGCGAGUGGUGGACAGAGUCAGGGGAUUAAGAAGGGCGAUAAUGUCGGACAGGGUUAA